CUUCCCUCGUCUCCCCAUUGGCUGGGUGCUACAAGGUUUUCCUUCCCCCAAUUAUCAAAUAACAGGCGCGGCGUGGGGGGAAACUUCUCCUUCCUCCCCAGAGUUGCCUCCACUUCCGGCUUCACCAGCAGAGAUAAAAUCGGGGCUUGCAAAGGAGGGAGGGAAGGAGGCGGGGCUGCAUCGUGCGGAGGCAGAGGAGGGGGCUGCUUCCCAAUUAAGCCUCCUAAUUAAGCGCCAUCACUCCUUACCCCACACGCGGGGUCUCCCAUUCCCGUUCCCCCCUGCCCAGGAUUUCAGGAAGCUGCAACUUGCUGUGAUUUCUGCCCUCCUCGGGAAGCUGAACCUGAAAACCUGGCCAGGAUGGAAGGAGGAUGAUGGACUGUUGACCUGGUCAGGCUGUCUCCCGCAUCCCUCCCCACAACCUCUGAGCAUUCCCUCCCAGGACCCUGGGAGAAAUCUGGUGAGUUCCAGGGGAGAGGAGAUGGGGACAGGGAUGGAUGGAUGGUGGAGGGAGAAAGAGGAAAAGAUGGAGAGGAGACAAAAGGCAGAGAGUUCCUGGCAGGAAGAAUGAAGGGCUUGCUCUGGCUUCUGGGCUCCUUGGGAAGCUGAACCUGCAAACCUAUCUGAGACGGAACCUGCAAACCUGGCCAGGAUGGAAGGAGGAAGAUGGACGGUUGAUCUUGUCAGGCUGUCUCCUGCAUCCCUCCCAGCAACCUCUGAGCAUUCCCUCCCAGGACCCUUGGAGAAAUUGGGAUUCUCUUUCCAUCCAGACUCCCAAACAGGAAGCUGCAACUUGCUGUGAUUUCUGCCCUCCUUGGGAAGCUGAACCUGAAAACCUGGCCAGGAUGGAAGGAGGAAGAUGGACAGUUGACCUGGUCAGGCUGUCUCCCGCAUCCCUCCCCACAACCUCUGAGCAUUCCCUCCCAGGACCCUGGGAGAAAUCUACUUCCUCUGGCUUCUGGGCUCCUGAGGAAGCUGAACCUGAAAACCUAGCUGAGACGGAACCUGAAAACCUGGCCAGGAUGGAAGGAGGAAGAUGGACGGUUGACCUGGUCAGGCUGUCUCCUGCAUCCCUCCCCACAACCUCUGAGCAUUCCCUCCCAGGACCCUCAGAGAGAUCUGGUGAGGAAGAUGAGGGCCAGAAUUAUCUGGAGCCACCUGUGACUUCAUUGGGAAGAACAAAGAAACAGUUUAAAUGCAUGGAAUGUGGGAUGUGCUUUAGUCACAGUGGAACACUUAGAAGACAUCAACGAACUCACACGGGGGAGAAACCAUUUGAAUGUAUUGAAUGUGGAAAGAGCUUCAGUGUAAGUGGAGCACUUAAAAUACAUCAACGAACUCACACAGGGGAGAAACCAUUUAAAUGUAUUGAAUGUGGAAAGAGCUUCAUGGAAAAUGGAGUACUUAGAAGACAUCAACGAACUCACACGGGGGAGAAGCCAUUUAAAUGCAUUGAAUGUGGAAAGAGCUUCAGUCAAUAUGGACACCUUAGAAUACAUCAACAAACUCACACGGGGGAGAAACCAUUUAAAUGUAUUGAAUGUGGAAAGUGCUUCAGUCGAAAUGAACAACUUAGAAUACAUCAAAAAAAUCACACGGGUGAGAAACCAUUUAUGUGUACUGAAUGUGGAAAGUGCUUCAGUCAAAAUGGACACCUUAGAAUACAUCAAAGAACUCACACGGGGGAGAAACCAUUUAAAUGUAUUGAAUGUGGAAAGAGCUUCAGUCAAAAUGGAACACUUAGAAUACAUCAACGAACUCACACGGGGGAGAAACCAUUUAAAUGUAUUGAAUGUGGAAAGAGCUUCAGUGUAAGUGGAGCACUUAGAAGACAUCAACGAACUCACACAGGGGAGAAACCAUUUAAAUGUAUUGAAUGUGGAAAGAGCUUCAGUGUAAAUGGACACCUUAGAAUACAUCAACGAACUCACACGGGAGAGAAACCAUUUGAAUGUAUUGAAUGUGGAAAGAGCUUCAGUGAAAGUGGAGCACUUAGAAGACAUCAACGAACUCACACGAGGGAGAAACCAUUUCAAUGUACUGAAUGUGGAAGGAGCUUCACUCAAUAUGGACAACUUAGAAUACAUCAACGAACUCACACGGGGGAGAAACCAUUUAAAUGUAUUGAAUGUGGAAAGAGCUUCAGUGAAAAUGGACACCUUAGAAUACAUCAACGAACUCACACAGGGGAGAAACCAUUUAAAUGUAUUGAAUGUGGAAAGAGCUUCAUGGAAAAUGGAGUACUUAGAAGACAUCAACGAACUCACACAGGGGAGAAACCAUUUAAAUGUAUUGAAUGUGGAAAGAGCUUCAACAGGAAGGAUAAACUUACAUUACAUUGGCGAACUCACACGGGGGAGAAACCAUUUCAAUGUAUUGAAUGUGGAAGGAGCUUCACUCAAUAUGGACAACUUAGAAUACAUCAACGAACUCACACGGGAGAGAAACCAUUUGAAUGUAUUGAAUGUGGAAAGAGCUUCAGUGUAAGUGGAGCACUUAGAAUACAUCAACGAACUCACACGAGGGAGAAACCAUUUCAAUGUACUGAAUGUGGAAGGAGCUUCACUCAAUAUGGACAACUUAGAAUACAUCAACGAACUCACACGGGGGAGAAACCAUUUAAAUGUAUUGAAUGUGGAAAGAGCUUCAGUGAAAAUGGACACCUUAGAAUACAUCAACGAACUCACACAGGGGAGAAACCAUUUAAAUGUAUUCAAUGUGGAAAGAGCUUCAUGGAAAAUGGAGUACUUAGAAGACAUCAACGAACUCACACAGGGGAGAAACCAUUUAAAUGUAUUGAAUGUGGAAAGAGCUUCAACAGGAAGGAUAAACUUACAUUACAUUGGCGAACUCACACGGGGGAGAAACCAUUUCAAUGUAUUGAAUGUGGAAGGAGCUUCACUCAAUAUGGACAACUUAGAAUACAUCAACGAACUCAUACAGGAGAGAAACCAUUUGAAUGUAUUGAAUGUGGAAAGAGCUUCAACAGGAAGGAUAAACUUACAUUACAUUGGCGAACUCACACGGGGGAGAAACCAUUUCAAUGUAUUGAAUGUGGAAGGAGCUUCACUCAAUAUGGACAACUUAGAAUACAUCAACGAACUCACGCGGGAGAGAAACCAUUUGAACAUAUUGAAUGUGGAAAGAGCUUCAGUGUAAGUGGAGCACUUAGAAUACAUCAACAAACUCACACGGGGGAGAAACCAUUUGAAUGUAUUGAAUGUGGAAAGAGCUUCAUGGAAAAUGGAGUACUUAGAAGACAUCAACGAACUCACACAGGGGACAAACCAUUUAAAUGUAUUGAAUGUGGAAAGAGCUUCAACAGGAAGGAUAAACUUGCAUUACAUUGGCGAACUCACACAGGGGAGAAACCAUUUAAAUGUAUUGAAUGUGGAAAGAGCUUCAACAGGAAGGAUAAACUUACAUUACACUGGCAAACUCACACGGGGGAGAAACCAUUUAAAUGUAUUGAAUGUGGAAAGAGCUUCACUCAAUAUGGACAACUUAGAAGACAUCAACAAACUCACACAGGGGAGAAACUAUUUGAAUGUAUUGAAUGUGGAAAGAGCUUCAACAGGAAGGAUAAACUUACAUUACAUUGGCGAACUCACACGGGGGAGAAACCAUUUAAAUGUCCUGAAUGUGGAAAGUGCUUCAGUCGAAAUGAACACCUUAGAAGACAUCAACAAACUCACACGGGAGAGAAACCAUUUCAAUGUAUUGAAUGUGGAAAGAGCUUCAGUGCAAAUGGACACCUUAGAAUACAUCAACGAACUCACACGGGAGAGAAACCAUUUGAAUGUAUUGAAUGUGGAAAGAGCUUCAGGGAAAAUGGAACACUUAGAAUACAUCAACGAACUCACACAGGGGAGAAACCAUUUGAAUGUAUUGAAUGUGGAAAGAGAUUCAGUGAAAGUAAAACACUUAGAAGACAUCAGCGAACUCACACAGGGGAGAAACCAUUUGAAUGUAUUGAAUGUGGAAAGAGCUUCAGUGUAAGCGGAGCACUUAGAAUACAUCAACGAACUCACACGGGAGAGAAACCAUUUAAAUGUAUUGAAUGUGGAAAGAGCUUCAGGGAAAAUGGAACUCUUAGGAAACAUCAACGAACUCACACAGGGGAGAAACCAUUUAAAUGUAUUGAAUGUGGAAAGAGCUUCAGGGAAAAUGGAACUCUUAGGAAACAUCAACGAACUCACACAGGGGAGAAACCAUUUGAAUGUAUUGAAUGUCGAAAGAGCUUCAACAGGAAGGAUAAACUUACAUUACAUUGGCAGACACACAGGGAAGAUGCUUUAGUCAAUAUGGAACCUUAGGAAACAUCAGCUAACUCCCUCGGGGAAACCACAGAUUUAUGAAAUGUGGAAAGGGCUUCAGAGGGAGUGGAGACCUUUAAUAAUCAUCAUCAUCAUCAUAAUAAUAAAUUAUUUGUACCCAUGGCGACUUCCGGUUUGCCGCGUCUGACUCCAGACGCACCCCGACGGAGCUCCGGAGGACGCGCACUCACCGCCAGAGGCUAAGGUGUUUUUGAGGCUUCAAAGCCCCUCAGAAAGGGACAGGGGGAAUCCCUGUACCCGAAGGAGUCACAGAGCGUUGGAAGGGUCUCUGUAAAAGGACAAAAAGGUCCAGAGGAAGACCAUAGACGCUGGUAGUAGCGAUCUCCUCCCCCGCGGCGAGAAAGCCUGACUUCUGGAAUGGACCAGCGGCAUAGCCUCCGAUAAAAUAAGAAGCCAGCUGCCUGCCUGCUCUCUGACUAAAAAGGUUGGUGCAACCCCUUUGAAAUCUUUAAAAAAAACGCUACAAAGAAGCAGGAGACCCAGCCCGGGAAAAGCAGAGGUGGAAAAAUAGACAUAAACUCAGUGAGCUGCAGAGAGCGGGCAUAUGUACUGAACGCAGGGAAAAGAGGAGGUCAACCCCGUUGUAUUGGGAGUAUCUGCAUCAACUCUAACGCCAAAGAACGAACUACAGUGGAACCUCGGUUUAUGAACACCUCGGUUUAUGAAUUUUCGGUUUAUGAACGCCGCGGACCCAUCUGGAACGGAUUAAUUCACUUUCCAUUACUUUUAAUGGGAAAGUUUGCUUCAGUUUAUGAACGCUUCAGUUUAUGAACAGACUUCCGGAACCAAUUACACCCAUGUUUCAGUUUAUGAACGCUUCAGUUUAAGUACUUCACGGACCCGUCUGGAACGGAUUAAUCCACUUUCCAUUACUUUCAAUGGAAAAGUUCGCUUCAGUUUAUGAACGGUUACUCCGCGGACUGUCUGGAACGGAUUAAUCCACUUUCCAUUACUUUCAAUGGGAAAGUUCGCUUCAGUUUAUGAACGCUUCAGUUUAUGAACAGACUUCCAGAACCAAUUGUGUUCAUAAACCGAGGUACCACUGUAUAGGCUUAGAACCUCAUAAAACUUGGUAAAAACUUGGUAAAAACUGAAUAAGAGGGGCGGAGAGACUAACAAUACGAUCAAAUUGGAGCACGAAGUAACCCAAGUCAUUUGAAAAGCUAUUAAGGAGCGGGAAGGGGGUUUAAAGAAAAGAAAAGUAAAGCCCUUUGGGGAUAUUUUCGGGGGCCCAGUAAAGCCCAAUUGGGGGGAAAGAAAAAAUAAAAGAAAAAGAUUUUCGAAGAUAUAGGUCUUGAAAGACUUGUGACUCUUGAAAAACAAUUCCAACUACUUUGCUGAGUCAUUGUUGUCAUCUGUUACAGUCGAAACAGAUAUUGGAUGUACAGUUACAAAGGAAGGAAGGAAUUAAAGGAAGGAGUGGAGGGAGAAGGUAACUGCAAAGCUGCGCUGCCACCUGCAGGACAAAAUAAAAAGUCCACAUUUGAAGAAUAAGAGAAUAUAGACUUAACUCUAUACAUUGUGGUUCCUUACCUCUCCCCUCCAAGUGGGAAAUUUUAUAGGAAAAAAGCCCUCUGAAGCAAAGACAUUAAAGACAUUAAAAGAUAAAGCACUGUACUGAGAAAGACACACUUAAAAAUAAACAAAACAAAAUAAAACUCAAGCCAUUCUACAAUUCUACAGAAAGGGAAGAGAACUGGGAGAUCUAUAUAUAGAGAGGGGGUCACGAAGAGUCGGACACGACUAAACGACUAAACAACUAAACAACAACAACAACAUAUAUAACUGCACUUGAUAUGACCAACCCAAGCAAGAAACAGACAACCUUAAGCAACUUGACAACCAACUCCAACCAACUCAGACGGAACUCAACCCAAGACGCUGACAUGAACCUGGAUAUGAAAGAACUGAUAUUGGGAUUAAAAAGAGACCUUUUAGAAAUGAGAAAGGAAUUGGGGGAGAACGCUAAAAGUACCGAUCAAAAAUUGGACAUGAUGGGUAAGAAAAUAGAAGAUCUGACUGAAAAAUCUGAGAUUACAGACCAAAAAUUAGAUGCGAUGGGAAUAAAAAUUGACGAAAAUGCAAAGACUGUAACUGACCUAACAGUUAAAUUUAAUGAUUUAGUAACCAAAAAUUUAGAAGUUACAAAAACAGUACAAGAACUGAAGGGUAAAACAAUAAGUUUGGAGGAGGGGGUUAAGAGGGUACAAAAAGAAUGCAGAGAACGGAAAGGAGAAACAGAAAAAGUUAAGAAAGAUAUGAUGGAAAUGAGGGACACACAUGAGGCAGUCUUGGAUGCAGUUGCGAUGAUUGAGAUGCAUAGGAGGGAGAAAGAGUUAAGGUUUAGAUCCAUACCUGAAGAACAGGACGAACAGAUACAACAAAAAAAUAACUGUAGAAUUGGCAAACUGGCUCAAUUUAGACCAACAAGAAAUGGCCCAACAUAUUGAGAGAGCCUUUAGAACUAGAUCGAGCGUCGCCAGAGCAAACAACUGGCCGGGGGAUUGUCUUGUAACAUUCAGGAGUAUGGAAAUUAGAGAUCAAAUUUUACAAACUUGCAGUAAGAAAAAACUAAAUAUUCAAGGCGUCGACAUUAUAAUACAAAAAAUUAUUUCACCCAGGCUAUUGAAAAAGAGGGAAAAAUAUAAAUCUUUGGUGUACGCUCUGAGACAGAAAUCAAUAGUGCACAGAUGGCUAUUUCCAGAGGGGAUAUCCUUCUUUUAUAAAGGUAAAAGAAGAAGCUUUAAUACAUGGGGAGACGCAGACAAAUUUUGGAGAAAGUAUAAAGACCAACUGGGAGGUAAAAAACAACUGGGUGGCGGGGCAGGGGAAGAU